UCAAUUUGAUGCAAUUAGCACUGUAGAUAGCUACUCAACAGCAAGUAGCAACACAUCAUGGUCAUACAUUAUACAAGGCAAAGUUUCUCCUUCUUGUUUAAUUUCCUCACACAUCAUUUUCUUUCCCCUUUCUCUUCCCCUCUCUUUUUCAUCACUCUGCUUUUCACUCCCAAGCCCAAACACUCCUCUUAAGUUCUCAGUUCUAGACUCACUCCCUCUGUUACCCACACCACUCAUAAAUUAACAUUCACAUUUCUCUACAAUUCCUCUCAUGUAAAUCAAUCAAAACAAAGAACCCAAGCUCAAAUCUGUAGAAGUUUGGAAUUAUUUUCUGAAUUUUACCCAAUUGACUUACUAUGGAGAUGGUUUCCUCCUCCGAGGGCAGUACUUCUGGUACAACCAAAACAAGAGACAUUGAUGGUCUCCUCGCCGGUGUCGGGUACAAAGUCCGGUCAUCGGAGCUCCAUCAAGUGGCGGAAAACAUCGAACGCCUCGAAAACGCCAUCGUGAACUCAUCCGCCGACAUACCUCAGCUCGCUUCUGACACUGUUCACUACGAUCCUUCCAACAUAGGCACAUGGGUGGACACACUCCUCUCCGAGUUCGACCACACCGCCUCCUUACCCUACGAUCUCUCCGACGAUCUCGCCGCCGCUCCUCCGCCACAACAUCACCAUCACCACCAACUAAUAACCACCGUGGAAGAAGACUCGGGGAUAAGGCUCGUCCACAUGCUGCUGACGUGUGCGGAUUCCCUGCAACGUGGCGACUUCCAUCUUGCUGGCUCUCUCAUUGAAAACAUGCAGGGUUUGUUGGCGCAUGUUAGCACCGACCGCGGCAUCGGAAAAGUCGCCGGCUACUUCAUCGACGCCCUAACCCGCCGCGUGCUCGGUCUGAACAAAAACGGCGUCCUAUUGGGGGAGAACGAUGUACUCUAUUAUCACUACUACGAGGCUUGCCCAUACCUCAAAUUCGCUCACUUCACCGCAAACCAGGCCAUCCUCGAAGCCUUCAACGGCCACGAUUGCGUCCACGUCAUUGACUUCAACCUCAUGCAGGGUCUUCAAUGGCCGGCGCUCAUACAAGCCCUCGCUCUCCGCCCCGGCGGACCUCCUUUCUUGCGACUCACCGGCAUUGGCCCUCCGUCGUCGGAUGACCGCGACACGCUUCGCGAAAUCGGGCUGCGGCUGGCCGAUUUGGCGCGGUCGGUCAACGUCCGGUUCGCGUUUCGUGGUGUCGCGGCGUGGCGGCUGGAGGACGUGAAGCCGUGGAUGCUCCAAGUGAGCCCGAAGGAGGCCGUGGCGGUGAACUCCAUCAUGCAGCUCCACCGCCUUCUCGGAUCUGAAUCCGGUAUCGAAGCGGUGUUGGGUUGGAUCCAGGAUUUGAACCCGAAGAUUAUGACGGUUGUGGAGCAGGAAGCGAACCACAACGAGGAUGGGUUGUUGGAGCGGUUCACGGAGGCACUACAUUACUACUCGACCGUUUUUGACUCGUUGGAGGGGUGUCCGGUCGAACCGGAUAAAGCGCUGGCCGAGAUGUACCUACAAAGGGAGAUAUGCAAUGUGGUGUGCUGCGAGGGAACGGCUCGGGUGGAGCGACACGAACCGCUGGCUAAGUGGAGGGAGCGGCUCGGGAAAGCCGGGUUCAGACCGGUUCAUUUGGGUUCCAAUGCAUUCAAACAGGCAAGCAUGUUGUUAACGCUGUUCUCAUCAGAGGGUUACUGUGUGGAAGAGAAGGAAGGGUGUUUGACUCUCGGCUGGCAUAGCCGCCCCCUUAUUGCGGCUUCAGCUUGGCAAGUCGUUGCUGUGCAAGAGACUGAAGCGCUGCGUUUGGAGCACUAGAGUAAAAAUUAAGUAGACACUGGCUAGUAAAGAAACAGAGAAAAUUAGCUCACGUUGUAUAUUUCUUUUUCUUUUUCUUGUUAAACACUGCUUGUUUUUAAAAAUAAUUUUGUCAAUGUUCUGCUAAAGCCUCUCUUACUAACGCUGCCAGAGAUGUGGGUGUGUGAUGUGAGUCAAUUGAGUGCUACAAUUUUCGUCUAAUAAUUGAGGUUAACAGUGACUUCUUACU